AUGCGCCGGUUGCUCGGGUUCGCGCUGCCCCGGCCAAUGCCGCCACCGUCGCUUUUGCCGUCGGCGCCGCCGGUCGAGAGAGAGAGCGAAGACCGCGUCGGCACGAACAUGCUGAUCAUCCUCGGAGCCCUGCUCUGCGUGCUCCUGUGCGGGCUCGGGCUCAGCUCAGCCGCGCGGUGGGCUAAGCGGCGGGCAUCGCUCGGCGGCGCACCGGGGGUGUCGCCGGCGCGGGGGUUCGCCGUCAUGGGGCUGAAGAAGCGGGCGCUGCGGCGGAUCCCAGUGGCCGUGCACGCGCAGGGCGUAGGCGCCACCGCCACCGACUGCCCGAUAUGCCUGGGGGCGUUCGGCGAAGGGGAGACGGUGAGGGUGCUCCCUCACUGCAACCACCGCUUCCACGUCCCCUGCAUCGACAGGUGGCUCUCCUCGCACCCCUCCUGCCCCACCUGCCGUCACUCUCUCCUCGACCUGCCGGCGGCCGCCGCCGACCGGAUCAGUUGA